AGGGUCAACAGCUUUCAAAGCGUUCAACCAGCGUCAUUCCAGUUUGAAACUUGGACGUGGUGGUCGUGUUUUGUCAGUCACUCUCCUUAAAUUUUGUAUAUCAAUUAGACGCUGCACAAACGAAAUAAUAAAAAAACGAAGUUCUAAGCCGGAACGUUAAGUGUCAAGUGUGCAGUCUUUUUAACCAUUUUAUAAUCUCAGGCAGUGAUAGAGACAUAAUUAUUCGUUUAUCGAUUCAAUUGAUUCAUAUUUCGUUACGCGUUUGAAGACAAAAGUCAUUAGUCAGUAUGCCGCCGUUUCAAGGUUUGGUUCCUACUCUCACGGAAAAAAGCAAUCAAAUGUCUACAGCAAGCACUUCGUCAGCAGCCCGCUCGAGCACAGCGGCUCAACAAAAUAAUGUGACGACCAACCAACAACGUCUCCCAUUCGGAUCGGUAUCAGUCUCGAAUCGAAGUGCAGUUCUGUUACCGCCAAACAUAAUUAUAGGUUGCCGAUCAUUACGACGCACGCUACCGACGCUGUCUUACACUAGAAAAUUUUUCGGUGUUUCUGUCCCAGAGCGUCCAUUACAUCUUCCGUUCCCCGUAAUCAAUACUGUCAGUGCAAACAUUCCACUUCCUCCAAAUUGGAACGCAAAUAUGGAAAAGGUCGCACAAUCACUGGAUCCAUACCAGCUUUUUGCAGUCGAUUCAAAAUCGCAAGAAUUCCGAAAAUUGGAGAAAUUACUCGAUCCUUUAAAUGUCUGCUACAUCGACCGAAUCGUGAAUCCAACGGUGUGGACACGUUUCGUCAAUGCAAGAAAUGAAAUGCUGAAGGCGAAAUGCAACGAUCCGAUGGUAUUGACCGAGCUUGGCCUCAGCCACGAAGAAAUUGCACGCAGGCAGCAGUCACUGAAUUUCUUGCGACACAAUGCGGUAGACGCAGCCCCAUUUGACGACAAUUUUGCUCUGCUUUUCCAUUGUACGAGAGAUCGGCAAAAUGUCGAACAGAUUCAACGUGAUGGUUUCGAUGAGCGACUGAGUAACGGUGGAAUACUCGGACGGGGAAUUUAUUUUACCGACAGUUCCAGAAAAGCAAUUAGUUAUGAUCGGAGUAACAGUGGCGUACUCUUCAUCUGUGGAGUGUUACUUGGAGAUUGCAUUACGCACAAAGACUCUGCUGGUUUUGGUUCAUUGAAAGAACCGGAAAAAUUGCCGGCAGAACGGCGGUACAUUGACGACAAUAAUUUCGAUUCGGCCAUGGGACAAUUGAAAUUCAACGAAUACGCAGUCUACAACAGGUAUCAAUGUUAUCCGCUGUACAGAGUGGUCUAUUCCCGACUGCAAUCAAGGUUCGAUCACUCAUCUGAUUAUGUGACUCCACCGCCGUUCCGUUGGCUAGCUGAAAAUGAAUUUCGCAAAUUGGCGGACAACUCAACAUGGCCAUUCCAUGCUAAGACCGUUUUUGAAGAAAUAAAUGGAUCGAAAGAAACAACUCGCCAGAUUAAACGAUCAGCUGCACCGACACGAGAAUCAAUCGGUACAAAGUCAAGUCGACAAACACUCAACGAAAAUCUUAAGAUCUUAACGUCCGAGAUCUUAAAAGGUCCUGACCAUGCUGACGAAGAAGAGAAAGAGAACGAUUUCCCUGUCGGAAGCGCCUUUCGACAAAACUCUUGUGAAAAUAUACGACAAGAAGCAGCUGCAGCAAACGAAAGUAAAAUCAUGGAAUCAUUGCUCAAUGGUGAAACACUCAAUGACAUUCUACCGAAGAAGAUACAAAUGGCAUCAUCUACGACCGGUCCUUUAUGAAGGUAUGUGUCGGAACCUUCUAAGAGGAUGAGGAUGGAGUUAAAAUUAAGACAAAUUGUAUGGACGUCGUGAAGACGUUCGCUUUUUUGGGGUCGGAAUAGAACAAUUAAAGUUUGACAGUUUAAGGUAUGGGAAAAAUACGGACAUGAAGCAUGGAGGGAGGGACGCUGAAUAAUUAAGAAAACAUUUAAUGAACGACACCAUAUAUUACCUAGAUGUAAGUAAUUUAAUCAUUUGUGUAAGUCUUUAUGUAACAAGCGAAAUACUUGAAUAAAUAUUUUAAAUUAAAA